CUCCUGAACUGUUUCAGGGCAGCUGAACCCCCAUGAUCUUGUGAGCUCAGCUUGGCCUGGCGGUGAGUAGGAGAUCUUUGUGGAUCAGGAGUUGAAGAAGCAGCACCUGAGACCAGCGGUGAGCUACUUGCCCCAUCGUCAGCUCUGCCCAGCACUUCCCCCUCCCACCUCCCUCUUCCUCAGCCUAAUCCCGACAUCCUCUGCUUCACUCUUCCCUCCUGCUGCUUGUGGGUACCCGCCGUCGCCAUGUCUCUCUUCGCCUCUCCCGCCCCUGUCCUCCUCCUCCUCCUCUUCCUACUCCCACUGCCUCCCUGUCAGCCAGAGUCCCAGCCCAGCGGUGACCCCAGCCCACCCUCCGUGUUCCCCUCCUCCUUCCCGUCCUCCAUGCCUUAUGGUAACAGCACCAACAGAGAGAAGUGUGAGGACGUGCCAGUGUGCAGGCCCGGCAUCCUGCUGCCUGUCUGGCAGCCCAACCAGCCCAGGCUCGCCGAACAGGUGGCCAGAGCUGUGCUCUACUUUGUGUCACUCAUGUACAUGUUCCUGGGAGUGUCCAUCAUCGCCGACCGCUUCAUGGCAUCUAUAGAGGUCAUCACAUCACAGGAAAAGGAGGUGACCAUCACAAUGCCUAACGGGGAAACAUCCAUGGCCACAGUUCGAAUCUGGAAUGAAACUGUGUCCAAUCUGACGCUCAUGGCUCUGGGCUCCAGCGCUCCGGAGAUACUGCUGUCUGUUAUCGAGGUGUGUGGUCACAACUUUGAGGCUGGUGAGCUGGGACCGGGAACCAUCGUUGGCAGCGCUGCCUUCAACAUGUUUGUGAUCAUCGGGAUCUGUGUGUGGACGAUCCCCAAAGACCAGAGCCGCAAGAUCAAACACCUCAGGGUGUUCUUCAUCACCGCCUUCUGGAGCAUCUUCGCCUACAUCUGGCUUUACCUCAUCCUGUCCGUCAUAUCGCCGGGCGUCGUGGAGGUGUGGGAGGCCGUGGUGACCCUGCUGUACUUCCCAGUGUGUGUCAUACUGGCUUGGGUCGCUGACCGCCGCCUGCUCUUCUACAAGUACAUGGGCAAGCGUUACCGUGCCGACAAGCGCCACGGCAUCGUCGUGGAGACCGAGGGAGACUUGACACCCAACAAGGGCAGAAUGGAGAUGAUCAUAGACGGCAAGGUCCAUCCACAAGGGAGCACCGUGGUACCCACCGAGAACUGUGCUGGGGCCCAGGAUGGCACAGCAGGCGCCGCAGCCAACAACAUUGGUGCGACAGCGGGAGCCAUGGCAACAGGACCCGGGGGCAACCUGCCCAACUCCAACAGCGCAAUGGUCAACGUGGAGAGCAGCAAGGAGCUGGACGACAGCCGCAAAGAGGUGAUUCGUAUUUUGAAGGAGCUGAAGCAGAAAUAUCCUGACAAAGACCUGGACCAGCUGGUGGAGCUGGCCAACUACUACGCACUGCUGCACCAACAGAAGAGCAGAGCCUUCUACCGCAUACAGGCGACUCGUAUGAUGAUCGGGGCUGGUAAUGUCCUGAAGAGGCACGCCGCCGACCAUGCCCGCCGUACAGCCGUGACCGAUGAGGAAGCUCCAGAAGAAGACGAUCUGGCGAUAUGCAGCCGAAUCUCAUUUGAAAGCAGCCACAGUCAGUGCAUGGAGAACUGUGGCGUCGUGACGCUGGCUGUCAUCUGCCAAGGGGGUCUAGGAGAGAGCACCUUCUAUGUGGACUACAGGACAGAAGACGGUUCAGCCAACGCUGGGUCAGAUUACCAGUACUGCGAAGGAACGUUGGUGUUCAAACCCGGGGAGACUCGCAAAGAGAUUAAGGUCGGUAUAAUCGAUGACGACAUAUUCGAAGAGGAUGAGCACUUCUUUGUGCGCUUGCUGAAUCUGCGUGUUGGGGAUGCAGAGGGGAUGUUUGAGAGCGAUGAAGUGGGUGCCACCCCCAAAGGCCGCUUGGUUGAGCCCCUAGUCUCCACGGUGACCAUCCUGGAUGACGACCACGCUGGCAUCUUCACGUUCAGUGAUCACAUGGUGCGCGUGAGCGAGAGCGUGGGCACCAUGGAGGUGACGGUAGUACGCAACUCAGGUGCCCGCGGUACUGUCAUCCUGCAGUACCACACUGAGCCCGGCACUGCCAAGGCUGGAGAAGACUACGAGGACACCCGAGGGGAGCUGGAGUUCACCAACGACCAGACCACUCAGACUCUCCAGGUGAGGAUAAUCGAUGAUGAAGAAUAUGAGAAACAUGAAAACUUCUUCAUUGUGUUGGAGGAGCCACGCUGGCUGAAGAGAGGAAUCUCAGCUCUGCUGCUCAACCAGGAGGCGGCGGAGGGUCAGUUGAGCGCUGAAGAGGAGGAGGCCUGGAAGAUAGCUGAGAUGGGGAAGCCCAUUCUGGGAGAGCACAGCCGCCUGGAGGUGGUCAUUGAGGAGUCAUAUGAAUUCAAGAGCACUGUUGACAAGCUCAUUAAGAAGACCAACCUGGCGCUGGUGAUUGGCACACACUCCUGGAGGGAGCAGUUUGUGGAGGCGGUUACUGUCAGCGCAGGCGACGGGGAUGAUGAUGAUGAGGAAGGUCGUGAGGAGCGGCUUCCAUCUUGUUAUGACUACGUCAUGCAUUUCCUUACCGUCUUCUGGAAGGUUCUGUUUGCCUGUGUACCACCUACAGAGUACUGGAAUGGCUGGGCCUGCUUCCUCGUCUCCAUCAGCGUCAUCGGCUUCCUUACCGCCAUCAUUGGAGAUUUAGCGUCACACUUCGGCUGCACUGUGGGGCUUCGGGACACUGUGACCGCGGUGGUUUUUGUGGCACUGGGAACUUCUAUUCCAGACACCUUUGCUAGCAAAGUGGCUGCCAUGCAGGACCAGCAUGCCGAUGCAUCUGUUGGGAACGUGACCGGUAGCAACGCUGUCAAUGUGUUCUUGGGGAUUGGUGUGGCGUGGUCAGUGGCCGCCGUCUAUUGGAAAAUCAAAGGGAAGGAGUUCAAGGUGGCACCGGGGUCACUGGCUUUCUCAGUCACACUCUUCACCGUCUUCGCUUUCAUCUGCAUGGGUGUGCUGCUGUUCAGACGCCGGCCCUCUAUUGGCGGAGAGCUCGGCGGCCCGAGGAUGCCCCGCCUCCUCACCAGUCUGCUGUUCUUUGGUCUGUGGUUCCUCUACAUCCUGUUCUCCAGCCUGGAGGCCUACUGCCACAUCAGUGGCUUUUAAAAAGGAGACGGAGAAGGUUCUGGAAGAAUAUUGCACAGAAACACACACAUAUACUCAAACACACACACAGUAUAGUCCACAGUUUGACAUGAAUCAGCACGAGCCUGGGCUUUGACAGAUACACACACACACACACACACACUGUAUGUACGUGUCCACUGACCAUAGCAAAUAUAAAAGCACAGUCAUGAUAAAGGGUGAGAGGAAGUAUUUGUGAAGGCCGAGAAGUGUGAAUACAAAAAUGUAACUACAGCAAAGUUAGCAAGAGAAGAAGAAAGAGUGACUGCGGAGUUUUAGAGGUGAAAAGCGGGUCAGAUCAGCUUCUGUGUCAUUCUGUGGAAAGGAAGGUUUAUUUUAAUCCAGCUAUGUUUAAGUUGGAUUGAAGAGCAGGCCUUUUAGUGUUUGGAUAGAACACAAAGCUGUGCACACAACACAAAAUGCAUCCGAGUUGCACUGAAAGGACAACACCUUCAUUUUCCUACACAAGCCUGUCCUCUGUUUCACCUACUUUACUGGUCCAGCCUCAUGUGUCCUCACUGAAAAGGUGGAGCACUGUGUGAAAAAGGAGUGACAUGUUUACAAUAACACAGUUUGUUUACUACAGGAGGUUCUUACAAAGAGGUGAUGCUUGUUCUCCACAGGCGCUGUAAAUAGGAAAACCCAGUGUACAUAUAGAAGGCAGUGUUUUCAAUAGGCAGUGAAAAAGUGAGUGGAACACUUAUUUGUUAUGGUUUAGUCCCCCUCACCUGGAGGGUGAGGGGGAACUGGGGUUGGACUCAAGAUGGCUGACCCAG